AAAGCAGGGAAACAAAACUUGUUUUCCAGUAUUUGAGACGCCCGCGCCUUUCUGCACUCAACCUCUUUAGGCACCAACACUCCUAACAGUUCCACUAAAACAAACAUCAAAGUCAGUUUGAACCAAUUUUUAUACCGACAAGUUUUCAAAAAAAUUGAAAAAUGCUGACAGCUUCUGAGUUCCAUUUUGUUUUCGUUGGUUUUUAGUCCUUUUCGCUGAAAUGUUACUGCAAAAAAGUUUAGUCUACGUUUCGAUUCGGCUUUCUGAGAAAGUUGUUUUCCCCUCGGACGAAAGUUUUGGAAAAGUGGAAGAAAUUUGGAGAAAUGGCAGAAAGAACAGAAAAGACAUUAGGAGCUUUAAUGACAGCCCAGCGAGAGUUUGGCGUCGUUAGUUUAAUGCGAUUAAAGCAGGACAGCAGAAUUUAGCUUAAGUCUCGUUAUAACCAUUUAUGUCAGCUAGUUUAGUGAUAUAUAUACGCAGUCAUAGUCAUUUCACUCGGAUCUCAACCUGCUUUCAUGUCGCCACUGCUUAUCAUUCAUUUUUGAUCCCAAAAUGAGUUCCUCAAACGCCUUCACGGGGGGUUAUGAACACUUUCACAAGAUGCACGCCUGUCUUCAGCCCCACAUCAACAACCUCUUAGUAGGAUUGAACCACCCCCACCCUCAUCACCAGCAUCACUCCUCAUCUGGGGCAAGUGCGUCGCCCGGUCCAGGGGCGAAGAGACCUCUCAGCUCCGCCCUCUCAGCCUCCAGCCUCAACUCUUCCGACUGCGGACCAGUGGAUGCUAAACACGUGGGGAUGGAGCGACUGCAACAACAACAGCAGCAACAGCAGCAGCAGCAGAGCUACAAGCAGGCGAAGAAGGGGGAACAGAGGAGCCAGUCGCAGAGUCCCGCCAGACUAAUCACCAACAACCCCAAUCUGCCCCCUAGUGCAGGCAAGCAGAUAUUUGUGAGGGGAGGGGCAGAGGUGUCAUGUGCAGUCAGUGUCAGUGUGGGAGGAGGGGUUGGAGGGGAGAGCAGGAAUGCAAAUCAUAUGGGGGGAGUGGGAGGAGGGAGAGACAGCAACAGCAACAGUGGCAGUGUGAUGGACCAUAUGGAUGAGGGGGCGGGGGAAGGGGAGGAGGGGGAGGAGCUAGAGGAAGAUGGGAGGAGUAAUGGCCACUUCAAACAGGAGGUUGACAUCAGCUUGGACGAAGCCGAGAUGGAGUUCCUGGAGGAGUUCGAGGAGAGGUAUUUGGCUAGGAACAAGAGGGCACUACACCGACAGACACACACGCCGACAACACGACACGACAUCUCAUCCGCCGCAGCCUCCGCCACAGACCAGCAGCAGAUGUUGAGUCUCUACUCGGACAUCGUGAACGGAAACUACCUCCUACCCGCGCAACAAACAAGUCCCUCCAACCACCCCCCGAACAGUUGCUCCUCUCACCCCUCGUCCGUCAACAUGCCCCUCGGAGGGUCCGAGUGGGAAGUGGUGUCACCAAACAUGAUGUUUGCGGCGGCAGCAGCCGAGUCGGCAGCUGGUCUGGACGAGGUCGUGUAUGAGCCGAGCCCCGAGGUGUGUUCGUGGGAGUACUGUGGCAGUUUUUGUGGGCAGCAAUCAGUGCUGGUUAAUCACGUGAUGCAACAGCAUAUUCAACCUCAGACGGAUGCGAAGGACUUUGUGUGCAAGUGGGAGGGGUGCGAGAGGCUACAGAAGCCGUUCAAAGCGCAAUACAUGCUGGUUGUCCAUAUGCGCCGCCACACCAAGGAACGCCCCCACAAGUGCAAUGUGCCAGGUUGUGGCAAGUCCUACCCCCGUCUGGAGAAUCUGAAAACACACAUACGGUCGCACACGGGGGAGAAGCCCUACAAGUGUGCCAUUGCGGGAUGCAACAAGGCCUUCAGCAACGCCUCCGACAGAGCCAAACACCAGAACAGAACACACUCCAACCAGAAACCUUACAAGUGUCGCGUUGAGGGCUGCGAGAAACGAUACACAGACCCGAGCUCACUUCGGAAACACGUGAAAAGUGUGCAUGUUCUGUCCUCUACCUCUAGUGGGGGUGGGGGUGCGGGCGAAUGCAAACGUGUCCCUUCAACCCUUCCUCACGCCAUCAGUGGAACAACACAGCAGGCCAGUGUCAACAACCCCAACCCCAACCCCCCUAGGACAGCGACACAUCUGGGGGGCCCGGCUGGUGCUGCUGGGAUGAGAGGAGGAGCAGCAGCUGGAUCCCAUCAAGUAGCACAUGUUGUCACUGGGGGUUGUCGACCAAUUCAGCCCAGACAGCAUCAAGGCCCUGCAGCCGGCAACAGUGUACCUUUAUACAUUGAACCUCCCGAAAUGACAUCAGCAGUGACACUCUCCUCGCCCCUGCCAUUAUUCAUCGACAGUCCCCACUCCUGUCCUUCGCGAUACGCGGGGGGACACCAGGCCUCGGCCAGCCUGCCCACAUCCCCCCUCAUGAUUCACAAAUCUCUCACUCCUCACACCGUUUUACCCGCAUUCACUGAAAUCAUUUGUGCGCCGACCGAUAUGAAACCAUGUACUGUUGUCAGUGCCACUGGGAUGCAACCACCAGCCGCUCAUCCCGUUUGUGGAACCCCCUUUGCUGUCCCGCCAAUCACUUACCUCCCGGGUCAUGUUGUGAAACAUGCACAAAAUGGACCCAAUUUGUCACAAAUGCAAGCAUCAGGUGGUUACACGCCUGAUAAAUGUUUACACAAUUCUCAUCAAAGUCAUCAACACGCUAUGACGCACCAUUCUCAAUUUGUACAACCAGCUCUAGAUUCUUUCAAGCAGUACAGAUCUAAUGUAGGAGGAGGAGGCUCUCCUUUCAACACGCCCCAGUUCAAUCGCCGAGCUGCCAGAAGUUUAUCCUCACGAAGAUUGCCACCACCGCCGCCACACUUGCAAAAUCAUCAGCAAAACCCGAAUGCGAUCAUGAAAAACGAAAUGACUCACAUUAUUCUGACGGAUCAAAACGGAGCACCCAUUAGCAUCUAUCACCCUGUCUGUUCCAAACAGGAAGACCAGCGUGGCCAUCGAGACCAGGCCUCCGAACACCAAACUAUAAGCCAACACCAGCACUUCCACAUGCACCACCCGGUGGAAAACAACAACAACAACAACUGCUCCGCGGCUGGCGCCGGAGGAGGGGGAGGGGGCUUGAGUCAAAACUACGAGGAUGAGCUGUCGAGCGGGCUGUCGUCCUGUCACAUGAGUUCAAUCAUUGAAGGUCGCUACGACCACAGUUCUCUGGGGACGAAGCAGAGAAACAACAGCUUGUCCUCCAACGGAGGAGGCGAAAGCAAGUUUGUCCAGUACUGCAGCGGAACCAACGGAAGCAGAUAAAGCACAGGAGCAGAAUCGAAAGAGUCAACAUUUGCGAGAUCAAAUCUUCUAAUUUGUACCAUAGAUAAUGUUUCAUACAAUUCAUCUGUCUGUAGAUUUACACUAAUAUCAUAAAACUGAAUGAGCCGCAAGAAGAUAGAACUUUUC